AUGGACUCCGAUAAGCAUGCAGCUCAGCAUGCCCAGGGUUUCGGGAAACGUAUACAUCGAUGGGCAGGUGGAAAGAUCAAUCGACUUCUGGAUCUAGAUGCCACCAACUCAUCCGCCAGUGACCCGGCAGAAGGUACAAGCACCGAGUCGGAAUCCGAUCACUUCCGGGUGCGGUUCAAGACUCCAGCGCUCGGCGACGCAUCUGCAGAUGCAUCCAAACCAUACCCUCCCACCAUUGAUGUCGAGAACGUCGAAUUCCUCGGCCAGGUCCAUAGCGCCACGACGUAUGUGAAACGUGACCUCGGCUUCCAGGGACGACUGGGCGAGCACAUUCUCCUGAGCUACGGGGACACCAUGUACAGCGACGCCGAGUACAGCGACAAAUGGCGCGGCAUGGUCAGCGACUCUGUGGCGCUGGCCACGCACGAUCCGUUGGUGGUGGUCGACCCGGCCCUGAACCACGACGGGUAUCCGGAACAGUUCUGUCCGCUCGACGCGUCGAGGGGUGAGGACGCCUCCGAGUACUCGCUGGGCAUUACCAACGUUGUCUCGACCGUCGAGGCCGACACCGACCUCAACACCGACAGAGACAACACCGGCGUCAUGUUCUUCCUCCUCAACCACCGGCCCGGCGGGAUCAACCACAUUCUCGGCGCCGGCAUCGCGACCGUCUCACUCGACACCUCGACAUACCCACCGGCCCCACAGAUCCAGCGUCACCCCCCGCCGCAGGGCCACCACCACCAUCAGCAACAUCAGUUCUGGUGGGACGGCGAACGGGAGCCCUGGUACGGUGACAUCUGCGCGCUCCGAUGGGACGAACACAUCUACGCGUACGGCCACGGCGGCGAGGGCAACCCGUGGGUUUACGUGGCGAGGGUGCCGGCGGCCAACGCCACCCAGCUCGACAGGUACGAGUACUGGAACGGCGACGAGUGGCAGGCCGAGAGACUGCAGAAGGACUCGAUUGGCGAAAAGGAGAGCGUAUUCUGGCAAAUCAACCAGGGCCAGGUGGUGUAUUCGAAGUGGUUUGGAUGUUUCAUUUUCGUCUAUUGUGACAACUUCAUGAACUCGCGGGUCCAUGUGAAAACGGCGCAGCAUCCACAAGGCCCAUGGUCCGACCCUCCCGUCAUGGUGUACCAAGCGAAGCCGCUGCUCCCCGGCGAGGAAAACGGCUGCAUCUACGCGGCCGUGCCGCAUCCGUAUUUCGACGAGUCCGGCAAGACGCUGGUCGUCACCUUCACCAACCAUCCGAACACGAUCCAGGCCGUCAAGGUCGUUUUUGCUUAA